AUGUCUUCAACAAAUCUUGUCGCUCUUGCAGCUUCGCUGCGCGAAGCCCUCGAGUCACCGCUCGACCUGCAGAGCAAGGCUGAGCGGGAGGCACGACUUGAGAUCAUUGAUAUGAUCCCUGCGUUGAAUCGAAAAUUGAUUGGGGAGGUGCAGACGAUUCGCGAUAUGGCAUGGGAGUGGCUGAAUGUGCUCAGUCUGAAGGCUGUCUCGCAUUGGUCGGUAGCGAAACACGUUCCUCUGGAUGAGAAGAUCUCAUAUACAGAUCUCUCGACCAAGUGCGGAUUGGAAUCGACAGCUUUGCGCAGAUUGAUGCGCCAUGCCAUCUCUAAUGGAAUCUUUUAUGAGCCUGAAAGAGAUUUCAUUGCGCACAACUCAAUGUCUGAAAUUCUCGUGAACGAUCCGAGAACUGCAGCAUGGGUUGAAUUGCAAACUGAGACAAUUCUGCUUGGUGGUGCUCAUCAUUGCGAGGCCCUUGAUAAAUGGCCUGGUUCUGAGAGUAAGAGAGAGACUGGAGUUUCGAUCGGAUUUCACAAUUCUGGUCAAACCUCCCUCUAUGAAGAAGUCAAGAAGAUUCCAGAGCGAAUUCAGAGAUUUGGUCUUGCUAUGGAAUUGUUCAGUUCAGGGGAGGGCUACGAGCCAAAUUCUUUAGUUGAAGGAUAUGAUUGGGGUAAGCUGGGUGGAGGUACUGUCGUUGAUGUUGGCGGUGCGAACGGAUUCGCAAGCUCAGCCAUCUCAGAUGCCUACCCAGAUCUCAAGCUCAUCGUCCAGGAUAUCGACGUAACAGAUGAUAUGGAAACCGAGCACAAGCGACCGAACAUCCAAUUUCAGAAGCACGACUUUUUCACACCUCAAGUGGUAAAGGAUGCUGAUGUGUACUUCUAUCGCUGGAUCUUCCAUAAUUGGGGUGAUGAUGAAUCCGUCAAGAUCCUUCAGGCUGCAAUCCCCGCGCUGAAGCCAGGUGCGAAGAUCUUGAUCAAUGAUGGUUGUUUGCCUGCACCUGGAACGGGACAUUUGUUUGAGGAGAAAGCUUCUAGGAAUCUUGACAUAUGUAUGAUGGUUGCUAUGAAUGCAAAGGAGCGCGAAGAAGGAGACUGGGAAGCUCUGUUUCAAAAAGCCGAUCCCAGGUUCAAGUAUCUCGGAGCUAAGAGACCAGAAGGUUCCCGAAUGAGUUUGAUCGAGGCAGAGUGGACAGGUCAAUAG